AUGCGAUUGGACUUGUCAAACUUGCUAUGGUCCUUAUUCAUCUAAUUGUCUGACAUGCGAUUUAACGUAUNACUUUAUGCUAUCCAGGAUUCUAUUAUGAAAAUUUAAGUAAAGGAUGCAUAAGUUAUAUUUUUUUAAUUUAUCUAGCACCUGAUAAUUUGCAUCCUAAUUGUGUCCUUUCUAAUUAAUCAGGAAUAAAGUGUUUUGCUUGUAAGGCAUGGUACGCUCUACAAUAAGACGGCACAUGCUAACCUAUUUAAUGCGAUUAGUAAUGUUAAACUUGUUUGGAUACUAAUACAAGUUUUUGUACAACUUGUGAUAUCAGUCUAAAUAGAAUAAUGGAUAAUGGUAUUGUCAUUAUUAAUCAUUAAAAUUUUAUAAAUUUUAACCAAAAAUAUUAAACAACAAACUUGCAGAUGCUUACCGAACUUUGGUUUGAAAGAAAGAAAUUGUAUACCUUGUACGGAGGGUUGCUGUUAAGAAUGUGAAUAAACAGAUUUCUAUAAAUGUAAAUCAUGCAAAACAUGA